AUGGGACUUUUUAAAGAGAAAGUUAAGUCCACUGCGGACUCAUUUUAACCGAGUCAAGCUGUUGUUGUGUCGUGUAACCCGCUUGGUACACAUUAUGUCGGACUCCGUCAAAAACGUCGCGAUAUUUGGAGCCACGGGAAUGACCGGACUGGCGACUCUACCACAGGCAGUGACUGCAGGAUACAACGUGACGGUGCUGGUGCGGGACCCCGCCAAGCUGCCCGCCGACCACAAGGCCGCCAGAGUGGUGGUGGGAGAUGUGCUCAACAAAGAGGACGUGAAGAAGACCAUGGAGGGCCAGGAUGCUGCUGUCAUCAUCCUGGGCACCAGGAACAACCUGAGCCCGACCACCGUGAUGUCCGAAGGCACCAGGAACAUCAUUGAAGCCAUGAAGGCUCGUGGGAUCUGCAAAGUGGUCGGCUGCAUGUCGUCCUUUCUGCUGUGGGAUCGCUCCAAAGUCCCGCCCCGUCUGGUCCCCGUGACAGAGGACCACGACAGGAUGUACGCAAUGCUGAAGUCAUCGGGGCUGGACUACGUGGCCGUCAUGCCUCCUCACAUUGCUGACGACCUCCCUCUGACUGAGAGCUACAUGACGGCGGAGAACAUGCUGAAAGGGAGAGCCAUCUCUAAACACGACCUGGGACAUUUCUUCGUAAAGUGUCUGUCCACCUCAGAGUGGGACAGCAAGACGGUCGGAGUGUGGGGAGCCUAUUAAUAAUCCUGCUGCACCGUAUAGACAGGGAAGGGGCUUUAGAGCUCUUCCCUGAGAGUAAUAUGUGUGCAGAUUCAAAUUACCAGCGUGUUGUGAUAAACCAAAAAUGCUUCCCUGUGUCCCUGUAUUUUUAUACUCAUUUUAUCAUUUGCCACACCGAGUAUACAUUGCUACUUUGACUGAAGCCAUUUACAUUGCUUCACCGCUUUUUCUUGUCUUUUCAUAUUCCUAUCAUGGAACAUUUGAUCAUGUGAUGCCUCCUGUCGCUGCUCUGAUGUACUGCGGGCCCCGUUUUUCAUUUUUGUUUUAAUAGCUGUUGAAAAUAAAAGUUUUUAUUGUGCAAAACGUUGUG